AUGCAUCGACCUCCAGAUCACGGGAUGGCUGGUAAGCCAUUCCGGGCCACCUUUAUAUGGAGCAGCAUCAUCAACAACCUCCAAGCACGGGUGGAGGUGAAACGGAGGCGACAAAACCUCAAGUCCUAUGAUGACUGCUUCGUGGGUUCAGAGGCUGUGGAUGUAGUUCUGUCCCACAUCAUUCAGAACAAAUUCUUCGGAGAUACGGAGGUGACACGUUCUAAAGCAGUUCGCCUGUGUCAGGCUCUCAUGGAAUCACGGGUGUUUGAAGCAGUUGACACAAAGGUGUUUGGGAAAGAGAAAGCACGGGCAACGUUUGAAGACAGUAGUUGCAGCCUCUAUAGGUUUAUAGAUCUACCAAGCCCAACCACAACAAGCUCAGACACAAUUGAAAGUGGAUAUGACUCCCCUGGCGUUGAAAGGAACACGCACAGGUCACACAUUAAGCGGAAAGAGGAAGUUUAUUCAAAUAACUCGACCAUCAAAACUGACAAGUCUCUGGAAGACCUUUUGAGAAACCUGGAAUUUAAUUCAGCUGUUACACCACAGAUGAUAAGUUUGGGCUUAUCACAAGAGAUGGUGAAUGAGGUGUGGCAGGAGCAGGUAGUGUUGAGGCUGUUACAGUUGAUGGAGCUCCCCCUGUUGGAGAACCUUCUGGAGGGCAUGGGGAACCAGCACCAAACCAUGGAGAGGGAGGAUAGUGACCCUGAUGUUGUUUACACGAGCAGUUACCUGGACCGAGAGAUUCUUAAAGCAUUCAGUGAGGCUCAGGCUGAUGACUGGCUGUCAGCUGCUGUGGACUGUCUCGAAUUCCUACCAGAUCAGCUGGUUGUGGAGCUUAGCCGUGGGUUAGCCAAGUGCUCAGAGGAGACAUCACAGUACAAGCAGCUCCUCUAUGGUGUGCUUGUUCAACACUAUGGCCAGCCAGAGCACCCACCCUUACUCAGCAACCAUGUAUUUGACAUUUACACGGGCAUCUGUGAGCUGCUAGUAAAUGGGAAGCAGCAGCAGGCUACGGAGGCACUGCAGCUCUGUCUGAGGUUGCAGGACUCGCGCAGCAGAGAGGAGCUGCGCAAGUUAUUGCAUUUCAUGGCUAUUGCUGCCAACUCAAAAGAAGUGAAACUACACAAAGAGGUUGAGAACAGAAUGGCGGUGAAAAGGGCAUUCUCAAAUGCUAUAGUGUACAGUGCUCGACUGGCCAAAGGGAAGGUUGAUCUCCUGGUGCUAUUUAUGGUGGACAAUAACUGUGAAAUUUUCAAGAUCCCAGCGCCAUUACACAAGCUUGUGACGGAGAAACUAAUCAGUAUCAUCAGAGGGAAAGAUCCAGAUGAUAUAACAGGUGCAACUUAUUGCAGACGCAUCAAAGGAGAGGCUUAUGUAGAAUCUGUUCAGAAAACUACAAAGGAAGAGCUCUGGGCAUUACUCAGAACUAUUCAUGAAAACUCAAAGCUUUCUGUUAAGGAAAAAAGACGCUUACUUGGACAGUUCUACAAAGGCCAUCCUGAAAUUUUUGUGCAGUAUUUUGGAAACAGAAUUGCUAAUGCUUAUAUGUAG